AUGGCACACGAUGGUAACGAGUACCUCAUCGAAACUCUGGGGCAAUUGGUUGGGGCAAAAAAGGAAGCUACUGCCCUGCACGGGAGACUCACAAAUUUACAAGAGGCACUGACCGAACGCGACCGGCUGAAUGCAUUGAAGCAAAAUGAAAAUGAUGAGCUUCGUAUCAGAAAUGCGAAACUCGAGCUUGACAUGAUGCAACUGCAGAACGCGAAUGCAGCACUACGGCUCGCAACGAAAGAUCACGAUGUGUUACGUGAAUUAUUAGAAGUGACCAAGAUGGAUGUUACUACGCAGCAGCAGAGGGCUAAUACACUGGAACAACGGCUUCAUCAGUUAGACCAAGAAAAGAAUACCUUGGCGCAUGAGCUUCAGGCAGCUGCACAGAUUGUACGCGUGGAUAUUGGCGUGAACACGAAUCCUCUCCCAACUCCCCGUACCACCCCCAAUGACAUGAAUUUACCAGUCGUACGGGGCCCCUUGACGGCUGGGCCAUCUCGCGAGCGAAACUUGAAGGAAGAGAGAGAUACAUCAGCAGAUAUUGUUGUAGUACAUCCACCCUCUCGGUUACCGCCUCCUCGAAAGAGAGCUAUUGAAAAUGUCCCGCAAAUAAUUCCCGAUCUUCCAGAUAGUGGGACUGUAUGUUUCACCCGACCAUUUAUCUCAAUACACAUUGGGGGAGGGUCACAAUCUCUCAUUUCAAACAUUGCAGCGCCAAAGCCUCUAGCACUAAAAUUUGGUAUAACAAGCUACCUUUGCCCGAACUUAUGGGAGAAUCCUUGGUGUCCAACAAGUCCUGGCAUGGCUGGUUAUAUGUUCGUUGGCUUAGGGGAAGAGAUUCACAAAUUUCUUCAGCCAGAAGUACAUGAACUCUUCGUUGGGGUUGCAAAAACCAACUACAGACUUAUGGGCCGGUAUCGGGUCCAUCGUGUUGAACCCUUGACCGUUGAAGAAUGGCUGACGCUCCCAGAGAAAGUUCGAUCCAAGUAUUGCGAAACUACACAGCGAAAAGCAAAAGACUCACGUUCUGUCGAGGGCAUAAAUGCUGCUUAUGAGCGUGGUGAACUUCGCGUUCCCUGCGUCAAGUUGACAUGUCUUGAUUUCAAGGAAGACCUCUACAAGAAACUGAAGGCGCAAAAAAUGGAACAGAACAACACGAACUCCUUGUCAUCUCAGCGUUCGAUUAAACAGGAAUCAGCUGUUAUGCGCUCGUCACAAAAACGCCCCCGUAUUGAAGAGACCAUUAAUGUUGACGAGUUCUCUGUGGACUGA